CCCGGCUCCCUGUCACUCAGCCCGCGCGGGGCCGGGGAUUGGCAGCAUAGCCCCGUUACGCACUCACCUCGCGUUCACAUACCCGGGGAGGGCAGUAGAAAGGUGAUCAAUCUUCAUCAGGCUACAUUUCCAAUCACCUAAACAACCCGGCAAGACAAGCCACUCCGACAAGGUUGGCUGUCCCUCGGGUCUGUGUGAGGGCGCGAGGUAGAUGGUGAGCGGCCCCGGCAGCUGAGGGCAGCCUCCGCCAGGACGACACUGUCCGCAACCAGGACCCUGCAGAAAGAAGGACCCGCUCGCAUUCGCGAAGAAGGGCUUGCGCGGCCGUGGCGAGGCGCCCCUGACCUCCCGCGGCGUCUUAGAGCCGCCACCUCUACCGUGGCCCCUUCUGCGUCUUCUGGCCGCCUCUGCGGGCCCAGGGCCUGUAACUGCGGUUCAGGUGUGGUGGGAUUCCGGCCGGGCCCCCAGAAGGAACAGAACUUGAAGGACUGCGCAGUGGGAGCCCCGCACUGCGCCUGGCCCCGGCCCCCUGGAUCCGUCCGGGCGCCUCCACCCGGCUGUUAGCAUGAUGUCUUACCUCAAACAACCCCCAUAUGGCAUGAACGGACUGGGCCUGGCUGGGCCAGCCAUGGACCUCCUACAUCCUUCCGUGGGCUACCCAGCCACCCCGCGGAAGCAGCGGCGGGAGCGCACCACCUUUACACGCUCGCAGCUGGACGUGCUCGAGGCGCUCUUCGCCAAGACUCGCUACCCUGACAUCUUCAUGCGCGAGGAGGUGGCGCUCAAGAUCAAUCUGCCGGAGUCCAGAGUCCAGGUCUGGUUCAAGAAUCGCCGUGCCAAAUGCCGCCAGCAGCAGCAGAGCGGGAGCGGGACCAAGAGCCGCCCAGCCAAGAAAAAGUCGUCUCCGGUGCGGGAGAGCUCGGGCUCGGAAAGCAGCGGCCAGUUCACGCCGCCCGCUGUGUCCAGCUCCGCCUCGUCCUCUAGCUCGGGAUCCAGCGCCUCUGCCAACCCAGCGGCGGCAGCGGCUGCAGGCCUGGGCGGGAACCCGGCGGUGGCAGUCCCGUCGUCAUUGAGUACGCCGGCUGCCUCAUCCAUCUGGAGUCCGGCUUCCAUCUCGCCAGGCUCAGCGCCCGCGUCGGUGUCAGUGCCCGAGCCACUGGCCGCGCCUAGCAACGCCUCGUGCAUGCAGCGCUCGGUUGCCGCAGGCGCUGCCUCGGCCGCAGCCUCUUAUCCCAUGUCCUACAGCCAGGGCGGCAGUUACGGGCAGGGCUACCCCGCGCCCUCCUCUUCCUACUUUGGCGGUGUGGACUGCAGCUCCUAUCUAGCGCCCAUGCACUCGCAUCACCACCCGCACCAGCUCAGCCCUAUGGCACCUUCCUCGAUGGCCGGCCACCAUCACCACCACCCGCAUGCGCACCACCCGUUGAGCCAGUCCUCAGGCCACCAUCACCACCAUCAUCACCAUCACCACCAGGGUUACGGCGGCUCAGGGCUCGCCUUCAACUCUGCCGACUGCUUGGAUUACAAGGAGCCUGGCGCCGCCGCUGCUUCCUCUGCUUGGAAACUCAACUUCAAUUCGCCCGACUGUCUGGACUAUAAGGACCAAGCUUCGUGGCGGUUCCAGGUCUUGUGAGCCCAGGAAUGGAAGGAAGAGGAGAAGAAACGCAACUACCUGCGCCCUCCGUGGUCCCCGUCCUGUUGCUGCUGCUGCACCGCCCGCCUUUGCCUCGGCUUCUGCAGACCUGAAUUAUCAUGCCCCUAAAAGAUGCCCUUUGCCUGCACUGCCGCCCUCAUCCUUCUGCCACUUGUUUGGGGGAUGUGCAGACCCGCCCACCCCUUGGAUGAGGGGACCGGUGCCUCGGCUUGGCCCGCAGUUCUAUAUGGGGAGAGCUGGGUGCUCUCCUCCUCAACUCCUAACGAACUCCUAAGCCACUCUCCUCCAGUCUUUCUUUCUGGGCAGUUGUUAUGCACUUGCAGCCUUCGGAGGCUCUUUGCUCUAACUCGCUGUUUGAGCCCUACACUUUUAUUUAUUCUUUCUGGACAUUGGAAUCACUAACUGGCAUGUGUCUGCCCAUUGGAGUGCACCCACACUCCACCCCAAAUCAAAACAGCCACUGUUUCCCGCUUGCAGACUACCGCUCCUUCAGCUGCCCUCGGCCCCGCUCCCCGCCUGCAGGCCAGACCUUCCCGGCGCUUUCUCCUCCCCGGCGGGGUGCGCUGGGACAGGGCCCGAGGGAGGAGCGCCCCUGGCCUCUCGCGCACAGCCCCGCCCUGCGUAGAACUGGCUCAAGCUUCCGCCUCGGCGGGAAUGCUGUACAUAGUCGGGUCCGUUCCAGGGACCACUUAAACUUUUUAGUUGCUGUUGGUUGAACUGAACAUAUCUCGUCUUAGCGCCCAGGAAAUAGAACUUUAAGAUAUAUACAGCAUAUAUAUACAUAUAUAUACACACAUAUAUAUAAAACAAAAGCAAAAAAUAUUUUCCCUCUGUCCCCCUUCCUCUCUUCCUUAAACGGUGGCGCUUUUAUUUUUUCAGUUGUUGCAAAGCUGACCUGCCCUCUCACACCUUCUCCCUCUGUGUAUUUAUUAAAGUGAACCUUUUUGGUUCCAGGAAGCUGGGCGCGGAGGGUCGGGAGGGUCCGAGAGUGUGGAGGAAACAGCCAAGUCAGGGUACAGGGGAGGGGGCUAGGCUGGGUGGGGACGUAGGACUGAUCCCUUCACCAGGUCGAAGCAGAGAGUAGCAGUUCCGGUUUAGAGACCAAUCACAAAAGAAAACAAAAAAACAAACAAAAA